UUAAGAUUAAGGUGUAGAUUUAAAAAUGAAUGGUAGCAGCGGCAGCGGCAGUGGCAGCAUCAAGUCUAAAAAUAUAAUAUCAAUAGAGGAAGCAGAUUUGGACGCAGCUUUUACUGAAUUAUCUUUGGAUGUCCCUCGAAUUGAUAAUCCUAUACCGGCGCAAACACAAGGUUUAAGAAGACUAUGUCAAGUAGUUCAUUUUGUACUGCCAGUAACCAAACUAUUAACAGGUCUUGCGUAUAUUAAUUCUUGUCCCACUAACAGUUGGUUACCGAUUUACUUGAUUGUUGGAGGAGUGUUACAAUUAUGUUUUCUAGCGGUUUUGACUUUCAAAGCUUUAAGACAGCCAAUAAUGCUACUUCUGGUAGGAUUUGGACUCGUUGUGUGGGGCAUCAUCUCUUCUGUCAACAUAUUCGUCGAAUGGAAACCCGAUUUCUUCAUAGGUGGAUGGAGGUACUGCCACAAGGGUUUCUUCUAUUUCUGUUUUUAUUCGGCAGCGUCGGAGUACUUAAUAUUCUCGUUAGUGGUGAUUUAUUUAUGUACACAGUUCGCCUACCAGAGGCCCGGUCGUCUUAUGCUCCAACAGACGUAGUGUAAAACUGUGAUUGAUAUAGGUAUAAUGUAUAUUAAUUAAGUAAGUCCAAAUGUUCUAUUAUUACUUAAAUAAACUUAAAUAAUAAAA